AGCGUCUCCUACAAGAUGUGUUCCACAAAUCCAGCAAAUUGGGUCACCUUUGAUGAUGAGCCUCCCUUCCAGUCAUCUCAGAAAUCAGCUGAUCAUCAGAGUACUUGUAAAGCAAAUGGCCUUAAACUCAACCUCUCUAGCGUGCAUGAAUCUUCAAGUAGGUCGUCUUCUAUAGGCAGCACUCCACUCUCAUCUCCUAUAGUUGACUUCUACUUAAGUCCUGGACCCCCCAGCAACUCUCCACUCACUACACCUACCAGAGACUACCCAAAGCCUGGGAUUCACAUCCUUUAUCCUAUCCCUGAAUGGCCACCAAAUGUUAACCUUCUUCCAUCGCCUGGAGUUUGCUCAUCCCCAGCCUUGCAGAAACCAAGCAGCUUUGCUUUGAGUGCUUUGCCUGAUGACCACCCAGCUAAGGCUUUGGUCUCCAAAUCAACUGAUGAAGGAAGCCCUAAUCCUUCAGGAAGCUGUGAGGAGUCAGGAGAGUUGGCAUCAGCACCAGGGCAUUUCCCAUACUUUCAGGGUGACUGUGCUUUUUCCAGUCCUUUCUGGAAGGCAGGCUGCUCGCUCAGCACAUCUCCAGCUGGUGCCAGCACACACAAGAAGGACAAAGUGCUCGACAGGAGCAGCUCCCAUCCUAAAGACAAAGAAACUUGCCACGAUCAGAAGAGCCUCAACCAGGGCUCCUUCAGCUACAUCUGCGAGAGGCUGGAACACCUGCAAGCUGACGGCUGUGCUGCCACCACAGGAAGCUCACCCACCUCCAGCGCUCAGGCGUGGCACAAGCUCUCACCCGCUGUCCCAUGCAGCCUCUUCAGGAGCCAGAAAGCAGAGGGGUGGCCCUUCAUGCUGAGGAUACCUGAAAAGAAGAACAUGAUGUCGUCUCGCCAGUGGGGCCCCAUUUACCUCAGCGUCCUAGCUGGAGGUGUAUUGCAGAUGUAUUAUGAAAAGGGCCUGGAGAAACCUUUCAAGGAGUUCCAGCUGCAGCCACACUGUAAGCUGUCUGAACCCAAGCUGGAGAGCUAUAAUGUCUUGGGAAAGAUCCACACCGUGAAGAUUGAGUGCGUGUCUUACACAGAGAAGAGGAGGUACCAUCCUAAAGUAGAGGUGAUCCACGAGGCAGAGGUGGAGCAGAUGCUAAAGCUGGGCACCACAGAUUACAAUGACUUCACCGAUUUCCUCCUCACGGUCGAGGAAGAGCUCAUGAAACUUCCUGCUCUUCCUAGACAGAAGAGGAAUUACGAAGAGCAAGAAAUGACUCUGGAAAUAGUGGAUAACUUUUGGGGGAAGGUCACUAAGGCAGAAGGAAAGCUCGUGGAGAGCGCUGUCAUCACACAUGUGUACUGCCUGUGCUUUGUGAAUGGAAGUGCUGACUGCUUUCUGACCCUGAACGACCUGGAGCUCCAGAAGCGAGACGAGCGUUACUUCGAGAAGGAGGAGGAGGAGAAGAAGUGGAUUGAGAUCCUUGACUGCCAUUUCCACAGCUGUGUCAAAGCACAGGAGUUCCAGCAGUCACGGAUCGUUAAGUUCACCCCCCCAGAUGCCUGCAGGCUGGAGCUGAUGCGUUUCAGGACAGGGUACAAGGGGCAAGACCUUCCCUUUUCUGUGAAGGCGGUGGUGGUGGUUCAGGGAGCGUAUGUUGAGCUUCAGGCUUUUCUAAACAUGUCCUCAACCACUCCAGCCCCGCCGCGUUUACCCGCCGUCAGAUGCUGUGAAAACGUCAUGAUACGCUUUCCCGUCCCCACGCAGUGGAUCAAAGCACUCUGGACCAUGAACCUCCAGAGGCAGAAGUCCCUCAAAGCCAAAAUGAACAGGAGGACGUGCCUUGGUGCUUCACAGGAGGUGGAAUCGGAUCCCGUGAUACAAGUCUCGGUUGGAACGGCCAAAUACGAGAGCGCCUACAGGGCUGUUGUGUGGAAGAUAGACAGGCUGCCAGACAAAAACUCAAGUUCAGAUCAUCCACACAGCCUGUCUUACAAACUGGAACUGGGAUCAGACCAGGAAAUACCAUCAGACUGGUAUCCAUUUGCUACUGUCCAGUUUGUGGUCCAUGACACCUGUGCCUCAGGAACAGAAGUCAAGUCACUGGGCAUAGAGAGUGAUCUGCAGCCCCAGAAGCAUGUGGUUCAGAAAGCUUUUUACAGCUGUCAGGUUGAAAUUGAAAAGAAAUGGAUUAGGCUUGACGGAGAAGAUCCAGACAGGGCUGGCAACUGCCUAAUGCAGUAG